AUGCUACCUGCUCAAGAGCGUACAUAUCUCAACGCUGAUACGAUUGUUUCACAAGAUUCACAAGAUCAGGUCCGUAUUCAUGCAAGCACAAGUACAUACAAAAAAGCUCUAGAUCCAGCAUUUAAUGCAGAAUAUAACACGCUUGGUGGUUUAACCAGUAUAUGUUUGCAUUGCAAUGCUAAACAUUUUAAAUGUGAAAAGGGAAGAAAUCAAUGCCUUACAUGCUGCCACGGUGGGAAAGUGCAGAUACCGAUACCUCGCAUACCUGAUUUUUUGGAAAGGGUUUUUGAAAAUAAUUUGAACUCUUUCCGGUCCCAUUACUUAGAGAAUAUAAGACAAAUAAAUAGCUCAUUCACUUUUGCAUCUUUUGAAGCUAAAAUUGUAGAGCCACCAGGACGUGGCCCUUAUUGUUUUCGGAUACAUGGAUCAAUUUACCAUCGAGUGGGUCCUCUUCAUGCUAAUAAUGAUUCAAACUCAUUAUACGCACAGCUUUAUAUACUUGAUACUGACCAAGCCACUGACAUUCGACUACAAAGGAAUGCAAAUUGCGAUAGUUCCUUGAUGAAAUGCCUACACGAGAUGAUAUCAACCGUGAAUCCCUUAGCCCGUCAGUAUAAAUUUAUGGCACAAGUUGAACGCGAGGAGGAACAGAGGGCACGACAGGCAAAUCGAGUUCCGCACAAAGUGAACAUGAUUUUCUUCAGUAGUCAUGCGAAUCGGCGUUAUAAUUUGCCUAACUGCUCAGAAACUGCAGCCGUUUUCACAACUGAGGAUGGUGAACCACCGGCAAGCCGUGAUUUAAGAGUAUUUUCUCACAGCUCAGAAACACAGUAUUGCACCACGAUUUCAACUUUACAUAGAUUAUGCGAUCCCUUGGUUUACCCUCUUUUAUUUCCCUAUGGUGAGCCAGGAUACGACGAAGCACUACUACAUGAGCAAGAAUACAGAACAAGUCGCAGGUUCAGGGUCACACAGUUGCAAUUCGUUGGAUAUCGAAUGGCGAUUCGAGAAGGUUUCAGCUUACUUCAUGCUUCAGGUAAACUUUGGCAACAAUAUUUAGUUGAUCAGUACGUUAGAAUAGAGGGUGCAAGGUUGGCGUUUUUGCGUAAUCACCAACAUCAGCUUCGAGUUGAAACAUAUGCUGGCUUACACGAUUAUGUUAUGCGUCAAGCAGAACUAGAAAAUGCACGCCCUGGUCGCAUUGUCGUUCUGCCUUCCAGUUUUCCAGGCUCACCUCGCAAUAUGAAUAUGCAUUACCAAGAUGCCAUGGCUAUUGUCCGUAUUCAUGCAAGCACAAGUACAUACAAAAAAGCUCUAGAUCCAGCAUUUGAUGCAGAAUAUAACACGCUUGGUGGUUUAACCAGUAUAUGUUUGCAUUGCAAUGCUAAACAUUUUAAAUGUGAAAAGGGAAGAAAUCAAUGCCUUAUAUGCUGCCACGGUGGGAAAGUGCAGAUACCGAUACCUCGCAUACCUGAUUUUUUGGAAACGGUUUUUGAAAAUAAUUUGAACUCUUUCCGGUCCCAUUACUUAGAGAAUAUAAGACAAAUAAAUAGCUCAUUCGCUUUUGCAUCUUUUGAAGCUAAAAUUGUAGAGCCACCAGGACGUGGCCCUUAUUGUUUUCGGAUACAUGGAUCAAUUUACCAUCGAGUGGGUCCUCUUCAUGCUAAUAAUGAUUCAAACUCAUUAUACGCACAGCUUUAUAUACUUGAUACUGACCAAGCCACUGACAUUCGACUACAGAGGAAUGCAAAUUGCGAUAGUUCCUUGAUGAAAUGCCUACACGAGAUGAUAUCAAAAGUGAAUCCCUUAGCCCGUCAGUAUAAAUUUAUGGCACAAGUUGAACGCGAGGAGGAACAGAGGGCACGACAGGCAAAUCGAGUUCCGCACAAAGUGAACAUGAUUUUCUUCAGUAGUCAUGCGAAUCGGCGUUAUAAUUUGCCUAACUGCUCAGAAACUGCAGCCGUUUUCACAACUGAGGAUGGUGAACCACCGGCAAGCCGUGAUUUAAGAGUAUUUUCUCACAGCUCAGAAACACAGUAUUGCACCACGAUUUCAACUUUACAUAGAUUAUGCGAUCCCUUGGUUUACCCUCUUUUAUUUCCCUAUGGUGAGCCAGGAUACGAUGAAGCACUACUACAUGAGCAAGAAUACAGAACAAGUCGCAGGUUCAGGGUCACACAGUUGCAAUUCGUUGGAUAUCGAAUGGCGAUUCGAGGUUUCAGCUUACUUCAUGCUUCAGGUAAACUUUGGCAACAAUAUUUAGUUGAUCAGUACGUUAGAAUAGAGGGUGCAAGGUUGGCGUUUUUGCGUAAUCACCAACAUCAGCUUCGAGUUGAAACAUAUGCUGGCUUACACGAUUAUGUUAUGCGUCAAGCAGAACUAGAAAAUGCACGCCCUGGUCGCAUUGUCGUUCUGCCUUCCAGUUUUCUGGGCUCACCUCGCAAUAUGAAUAUGCAUUACCAAGAUGCCAUGGCUAUUGUUAGAAAACAUGGAAAGCCGUCACUUUUCAUAACUUUUACCUCUAAUCCAAAAUUGCCUGAGAUAACUCAAAACAUUGAACAGUAUCAAGUACCCCAAAUGCGUCCUGAGUAUAGCGUUUUUAAAUUUCCCAUACCGUUGACUGAAUCGUCAGUUUCUUUGGUAAAACCAAACACUAAAGUUGGUCAGGCAUUAAAGGCAGCAAAAGCUAUUAUUUGGGAUGAAGCUAGCAUGGUACCUGGCAGAGCUCUGUUGUGUUUAGAUCGUCUUUUGCGCGAUAUUCACCAAAAUGAGACGCCUUUUGACCGAGCCAUAUUAUGUCCAAAAAAUGAUCAAUGUGCCAUCAUAAACUCGAGUAUAGUCGAUAUGCCACCUGGUCAAGAGCGUACAUAUCUCAGCGCUGAUACGAUUGUUUCACAAGAUUCACAAGAUCAGUGGGACUCCGCCGCAUAA